ACCAGAUCCUUUCCUUCUACGACUCCUGAAUUCAAACGCCAUUGGUAAACGGCGGUAAAUAUGUCGUCGUCGAAAUCACCCCCGUGGGCCAUCAUCGUGGGCGCCGGUCCCAGUGGGCUCUUGCUGGGCCUGCUCCUCGCCAAACGGGGCAUCCCCGUCCAGCUGGUGGACUUGUCGUACGAACUCGACAAGAAUCCGCGGGCAACUCACUACGGCACCCCGGCCAUGUAUGAGUUGAACCGGGCAGGCGUGGUCGAAGAGAUGCGCGCCCAAGGAUUCCACCCCAACUCGGUAUGCUGGCGGAAACUUGACGGCACGUACCUGACGGGCAUCGACAUGACCAUCCUGGGCGACUACCCAGACCGCAUGGUGUGCCUGCCCCUCAACAAGCUCGGCAAGAUCCUGUACGAGCAUAUCAGUCGGCAGCCCUCCGCCACCGUCAACUGGGGGUAUAAAGUCGUUUCGCUCGGUCAGGACGAUGACAAGGCUUGGGUCAAUGUCGAGACCCCCGAAGGUCCCAAGAGGCUCGAGGCCAAGUACAUUAUCGGGUGCGACGGUGCCAACAGCCAAGUUCGACGGUCGUUGUUUGGAGACUGGGAGUUCCCCGGAAAGACUUGGGACCAACAGAUUGUUGCCACGAAUACAUACUACGACUUCGAACCUUACGGCUGGCUCGACUCGAACUUCAUCAUCCAUCCGGAACACUUCUUCAUGGCCGCUCGGAUCGGCAAGGACGGGCUUUGGCGCAUCACGUACGGCGAGAAACCUGGUUUAACGACGGAGCAACUGCGUGAAAGACUACCCACCAAGUUCAAGACGUUCCUACCUGGCCACCCGGAACCCGAUCAGUACAAGGUCGUCAAUUUCAGCCCCUACAAGAUCCACCAGAGAUUGGCGCCCAGUAUGCGCGUUGGACGUUUCUGUCUAGCUGCCGACGCUGCUCAUUUAUGCAACCCCUUCGGCGGCAUGGGCUUGACCGGCGGAAUCGUCGACAUCGGCGGGCUAUAUGACUGCCUGGUCGGCAUAUACGACGGUCUGGCGGACGAUUCCAUCCUGGACAAGUACUCGGAGAUCCGGUCGCAGAAGUACAACGACAUCAUCAACCCGAUCUCAAGCGACAACAUCGUCCGGCUGUUCGGCCAGGAUGCCGACACGGCGCUGGAGAACGAUGAUUUUCUGAAGAUGCUGAAAAGGGGUGAGACCGAUUUGGAAUUUGCAAAGGAGUUCCAGAAAGGCGCGUAUGCGCUGCAGCAUGAUUUCACGCAAUACUACAACAACCACAAGAAGCCGAGUGCUGAUGCACCGAAUGGGGACGCGAAAGCGAACGAAAAGGUCGUCGGAGAAGUGGCUCCUCAGGUCCCUCUUCCGCAGGCGGUGGCUGCAGGGGGAGUGACGGAUUGA